AAAUAGCCUCCCAUCUUGUAUCAAACUCUGGGUGGCUCUCAAUUAACAAACAUCAAUAAAAACAGCAUAAUGCAUAAACUAAAAACAUUAUAUUUGCCCAUCUUUCUAGACCAAUAGAUUCUUUAAAAAGACAUACGUUUUCAUGAGCUAUAGAUUAAAUUUGGAUGAAGCAAACUGUACUUCAUGAACAUGUAUGCCUUUUAAUAAAAUUUUUAGUUCACUUUUUUACUAAACUUAUCAUGCAGGAACUGAGAAAUGAUGUAACUAGUACACUAGCCUAGUUCAUAAAUGAUGUUGGUCAAAAAGGUGAUUUGUUCAUUAAUGUGAUGUACAAACCCAUUAUUAUUUAACAAUUUAUAUGAUCAGGCAACAAUCUACAGUAAAAAAAAGAACUGUUUGAAAAUGUCUUGCCUGACAUUAUUUGUGAAUCAGGUCUGGCAUUUCAUUCUGUUAGUUUUUGCCCUUGCAUAUAAUUUAAAUAAUUAUGACUUUUUGUUUUGACAGCCUUAGUAACCCCGGAUUUCAACUCCUGAAUUCCAGACAUGGUUUUUGAAAUGUAUCUGGAAGUUUGCAGAAGACCUUGUUCUCAUAGAAGCUGUUUCUUUAGCUCCCUCCGUUUUAAAAAAAAAUCUUUAAUGCUUGCGCAAACCUCCAUGUAAACAAUUGCUGGGAAGUUUCCCCACCCUUUCCCUACUUACAAGAUGCUUUGUAAGGGUUGGUUUUUGUUUUUUUUUGGCCUUUUAUAGCAUAUAAGUUGCCUUUUGUUUUGUAGCAAUUUUAAACCUAAAGUUCUGCAGAUAAUCACUCAUAUAAGGGCUUAAAAUGAAGCUGCUGAAAUUUGACAAAAUAAAUCUUUACAAGGAUUUAAGAUAAAACAGAAAAAGAUGUAUUGUUUCUUUAUCGUAUUAUACAGAUGCAUUUUUAUUCCUUAACUGAUACCCCAAAGUGACUUGCCUUUAGCAUAAUUAGCACUGAGAAAAUAUGCCAAGAAUAAAUGGAAUAUUAUUUAUUAUAUCAGAAUAACUUUCAGAAUUCCAGUAACACUUUUAAAAAUGAACACAAAUAAAAAUAAAAGUUGUAUGCACUAUGGUUUCACCAUGGGCUGUAUUAUACAUUUUUCUCCGUGACUUGAAUUCAAGAAAUGAUUCCUGCAGGUUAGCAGCAGAACCCAAAUAACUGAAAAAUGUUUUCUAAAAAUAAGUACUAUAUUGUAGAAACUUUUAAUGUAAUAAAACAUGAUGGAUGCCAGAAAUUUUAAAAAUAAAUGUGAAAACAAGUAUUUAUUAAAAUGCCUGCCAUGGCAAACACUAUCAUGCAGGCAUUCCUCUUGUUCUUAGAAAAUCAUGUUUCUUUCUAAGGCUCCUAUAGUACUGGAGUCUUCUUUUAUCAGAAUGAAUGUUUUAAUGAGGUAGGUAUCUACAAAUUUAUUUAGGAAUACGUGUAUAAAAAUGACUAAGCUUGUCUCAGAAUCAUGAAAGAUUCUGUGUAACACUUUAAAUUCUGUGUUUGAACAUCAAAAGAAUUUUAAGGACUGUGAUGAAUUAUCUUAUUAUUUCCUUCCAAUAUGAGGAAGCUGCUCAGGUUUGUAGCUUUAUGAUAAAGCAAAAUGCCUAGAGGAGUUUCCCUUGUCUUGGACUUCCAACUUCAGGGGCUGCCUGUGUUAGAAAUACUGUGAACACUCUGGAGCAUGAUAGAGAAUGAAACUCUAUCUGGGCAUGCAAAACAGCAAGGAUCUUGAGCUUGUGAAAUUUGGAUGAGGUACUAGAAAAUCUGGGGGAGUGUUACCAAUUGUUGCAGGCUGGUUUACUAAGUGCUGGGUGCCUGAACACAUGGGUACUUAGGGACUCCAAAUAAAAGGACAAUGACCACAGAUGGAAUCAUGCUGGGCUAAUAGAACAGAGUGCACUAUUAUUGGCUAUUGGAAUGAACUAGAACUAAAAGGCUUUUUUAUUUAAAUUGUAGCAUGCUAAACUUUAUUCAAUACUGUUAUGUAGAAAAGGACACAAGGGGGAGGGGGGUUUAUUAGUGUUACUUCUGACUCUUCAUGACCUGAUAGACAACAGUUCACCAGGACUGUAAACAUUUUUGUAAACUCCUACUCAUGGUAUCAGUAAUAGUAUCUAGCCAUCUUGUUUUCUGCCAGCUUAUUUUUCAAUUGGCUUUCAUUUCACCAACUAUCAAGGACUUUCUGCCUAUCGUAUUCAAAAUAGAUAAAAGUUUAGCUUUAUAAUUAAUGUUUCAGUGAUCACUUUGCAUUUACCUAAUCUAAGUUUAGAUAAUUUUGUUCUUGUAGCCCAAGAUAUUCUCCAUUUUUUCAGCCUCGAACUGAAUUCAAAAGCAUUAAUUUUUCUUCAUUCAGUUUUUCUGAUGUCUGGCUUUCACAACCAUAUUAAAACUGGGAAGAUGAUUGCCAUGAUAAUAGUGUCAUUGUCAGUGUAAAUGCUUUCCAUUUUAAUAUUCUGUCUAGAUUUGUCUUUCUCACAAGAAAUAACUGAAGGGUUACCCACACAAUGUUCAGUUCAGCAUGCUUUGAAUUGGAUGCUGAUUCUUGCAAAGCUACAGUUUAGUGUUUUAUGUAGGAUAUGUGAAAAGUAGAUAUUCUCUCACACACACACUUCAAAAUGCACCAGGAUGCCCUGCGUUUUGAAGUGUUGAGGAACACUUGUCCUUCACACUUCUUUUGUGUUUAAUAUGGGAACCAUCUGUAUAUCUUUUGCAAAUAUGAUUCCUACCCAAAGUGUGAAACAGACUCUUACUCACCCCUCACUUGUCUUCUUAAAUUAUAGACUGGAAUUGGGUGACCUUUUCCCUUUUAAACAAAUUUGAUUCUGUUGCUCACUGCAUGGGAGACAACGGACUUCUUUUUAGUAUAGCUCUGUUGCAUUGUCUCUUACAAGCCCUCAUUCCCUUCUGCCUCCAUUCUUCUCUGUCCUCCUCUGAGCUUUACACCUGUUUCUGCACUAUGUUGCCUUCAUUUGAAGGCGGCCUUAAGAAGGCAACAUAGCGAGCAAAGUACUCUAUUUUAAACUCUUGUUUCUGCUUUCCCCUGAGUGACACGAACACAUUUAUUUGGAAACAAACUCUUCGUUUCGUUUUACACGGCAGUUAUUGCCACGAAAAAUGGAGGCAUAAUUCUCCUUCCAGCUACAAAGCUGAAUCUUAUUGUGUCAGUCCAUUUACCCGGCCGUCAUCAACAGCCAGGUUCCCAGCUGCUCUUUGGAAGCUCCCGGGCCAUUUGGCCCCGAAAUCUGAGGGUGAAGGUCCUUGGCCGCUGGCCUUCGCCGUACCGCUGGCGAGCAGAGAUAAACACUCGUCCCUCAGCGCUGGGAGACGAGUCCUUCCUUUCAGGGUCUCUCCGGAGACCGGGAGGGAGGAAAAAAGCCGUUGCUUUCUGCGGCUCGGAAUUCCCGGCUUUUUUUUUUUUUUUUUGCGUCCCGUGGUUGUAGUCGCGCGCCUCUCUGCCGCCGUUUAGCAGCCACGAAGCAUACGUGCCUUCUUCAUGCAGCCGAGGAUGGAACAGAUGAUGCUCAUGCCGACAUCUUUCCAAGAGUCGGGGAAGAAGUCCAGGGCCGCCCCGAGGACGCGCGCUUUCCCUCGCCCCGAUUGACGUCACUAACUGGAAUUCCUCCUCGCGGCAAACGCGGAGACGCGCACGCGCGCCUCCCGAGACUCAACCAGCCACAGCCACAGCCACAGCCGGCGAGUGAAGUCGGCUAUCGCCUGCUCCGCUAGCCAGGGGGCGUGACGGACAGGUAGCGUUCUUUUUCAAAACAAAAACAAAAUAAACCACACGCCAGACGUAUAAGCCGAUAUCUUCGCCUCAAGGCAGGUCAGAGCCCCCCUCUUUCCUCUCCCCCCCCCUCCCGGGCAUGUGCAACCUCAAGACGUCCCUGCUUGCACUCGAGGCGUGAGUGCGGUGGCUUCGCUGUUCGAAUCUCUCUGACUGCCAAAAGCCUCCAUUUCUUGCUGCAAGGAAAAUCAGAAUGAAGGAGAUAAUGCCUAAUAACAGUACAACAAGUAUAUCUCAAGCAAGAAAAGCAGUGGAGCAGUUAAAAAUGGAAGCAUAUCUGGAUAGGAUAAAGGUAUCCAAGGCAGCUGCUGAUUUAUUGGCAUAUUGUGAUGCUCAUAUGGGAGAAGAUCCCCUUAUUAUACCGGUGCCUGCAUCUGAAAAUCCCUUCCGGGAGAAGAAGCUCUUAUGUACUAUCCUAUGAUUCACCCUGCAAUUAAAAAUGUUAUCUGUGAAAAUACAUUACUGAUGGUGCAUGCUUUUCCUCAAGUUUUCUCCCAUAUAGUAAUUUAGUCUAAAAAGUAAUCCUUUCUAGAACACAAUAUAUUCUAAGUUAAUACAUUUUAAGUGAGGGUUUUUAAUGUCAAUUUUUCUAUCAGUGGUAUGUAUUCAACAUUUCUAUUGUUCUCUAUUUGUGUUUUGUAAUAAAAGAAUCCUAUUUGUUGUUAAAUAUGUAAUAAUUAGAUUUUGUUGGUUAAAUUUCAUGAACUGUCUUUGGCUUGUUUGCACAGUAGACUAGCCAUAGCUUAUAUAAUAAUGGCUUAUGAAUUAACCAAAUUGCCUGACGGAACACACAGUGAAUCAUAAAUCAAUCAUACAGAUUAGAUUUGUACAACACACACUGAGUUACAAAUUGGCCAAUCGUCUUUUAGCCUGAUGUGUUGUGUGCCAACCCAGGCUGUCUUUCAGAGGGACUGAAAAACUAUGAUGAGCAAUACGCACCAUCAAUUUCUUAACUAUUUUAUUUCCAUGUAAAAAGUGGGAUUUCAGAAGAGAAUGUGCUUGAUGAAUGUUUGAAUUAUAAAUAUUAAAGUUAAAUCAAAGCUUCCCAAUUACCUGCCUUAUACCAAGUCAAAUAACUAGUCAACUUACUUGGAAUGAUCUGUACUGAUGGGCAGCACUUUCAGGUUUUGAACAGGAGCCUACUUAAGCCCAACCUGAGAUGCCAAGGAUUUAAUUUAGCACUUUUAAAAUCUAAAACUUGUUCUUUACCAUUAAUAUGUUACUCUUCUUUUUUGUAUUGCAGUAUGCUAAUUGCUGCAGGCAGUAGCACUACUAAUAAUCAUUCUAAUAAUAGUACCAGCACAUGAAAAACCUGCAGGCCAAAUAAAGACCAUGCUGAUUUCAUUCCAUAGGUCAAACUUGCACAGUGUGGAGUCUAGUUCAAAUAAAGAAUCAUUUCUUAAAAUUUAACACAUUAAUUAUUGUUUCUCGGUACAGAGUCCCAUUUCAUACUAUAAACUAUGCAGUCUGCAGCAAAGGAUGUCAUCUUGAUAUGUUCCUUAAUAUUUCAAAUUAUAUACCUCUACCCUUUAUAAUAUGCUAAAUACAGAUUUCUAGCACAGUUCAGUGUUAAGUAACAUAGAUUUCUAUGGUCUUUAUAUUGGCUCUUAUCUUUAAAAAAAAUUCAAGUCUAUGCUGGUAAAAGCUUGUUUGUCUGAAAUCAAUUAUAUAAUUCAUUUGAUAUAUGUUGUAUGAUAAAAUGUACUGUUGAUCAUUCUCCUUACUUGAAUAUUUUAAUAAAAGUUACUUUUACUUGUA